AUGGAAGAACCGCUUCCGAUUGACUCUUUCUCACACGAUCAUGGAGGCGACAUUUCAUCUUUACUCUCUUUAGGACACUGCUCUCUUGGUCUCGACCUGCUUGGACUGGUAGACGAGCCAAUUCCGGCAACCCAUCCCCAGUCAGCUCAACCACAUCAACCAACUAAACAAAGCAGAUCAGUCAAAACACAGCAAAAGAUUUCAGGUCCCAAAGUCGAGAAUGGGCUGCCAGGGCUCACGAAGCCAACUAAGCCACCUAGAAAAAGGCCAAAUCGCUAUGCGAACGCAUCGCCUUCGGUCAUUGAGCGCCGAAGACAUCAAAAUAGAGAUUCCCAACGAGCUUACCGCAAACGAAAGGACGAUGAGAUAACGCAGUUAAGGGAUGAGGUUGAAAGAUUACAGAAGAUCGAGAAGGAACUUAGAAAUUCACUUAGAGAUCUCCAGCAGCUUUUGCCAUCACAGAGGCAACAGACUCAAUUGGCCGACUGGGGUAUAUUUCAUCCCUCAUUCCAACACACAAUUCCACAAAGCCAGCUGAGCUUGGGAGAAUUGACGCCCCCAAUACAGAGCCAGUUGAGCUUAGGAGAACUGACACCUCCUAUACAAAGUCAGGAUAGCGGUUGGGAUGGUUUCACGGCCCGACCGGUAAAUUCCGAUGUCUUGUCACUACCACAGCAUGGCCUCGCACCGAGCCAGAGGAUACCCACACCGCCAACCGAUGUCUCCUAUCUUGGCGAUGGCUUUACUAUUUUUGCUUCCAGAAACAACCCCGACUUUAUGAUAACGCCACAUAUAGACGAGUCUUGGAAGAUACAGCUGGACUGA